GCGUGACAGAGUCGGCCUGACCGGUACGACCUUCGAUUACUAUGGUAGAAAUAUUAUCGACAUUGGUUCCAAGCUUUUAAUUCGAAAUCACGAACGUAAAGCAACAAAAGGCGUAUGUAACUGAACACCGUUAACUCUGUUUUAUAUCCAUUUCAGUCCUAGUCAGCCAAAUAGCAGACGAUGACUUUGAAGUAUGUCUGGUUAGACGUAGAUCCCAGGAAUGCCUCACAGGGACAUGAUGAUGCUACUGCACUUAUGAUGGCCUGUCAACUAGAGAAUAUCAAGCUUCUGGGAGUAUCCAGUGUUCAUGGUAAUGCGUCCGCUGAUUGCACUGCCAAAAACACUGCAAGGUGUCUGCACGCGUUUGCCGCAUCUUCCGAUGUCCUGGUUUAUCGCGGCGCAUCUAAGCCGUUACUUCGACCCACAAAGCACGAUCCUGAAAUCCAUGGAGAGGAUGGCUUAGGAGGUGUUGUAGGGCUCCCGUCAGCUGAUAGUCCUGAAGUUCAGGCACGAUUCGCUCGAAAUGAUGAUGGGUCGUUCAUCCAUGCCAUCGAGGGGAUGGCAACAUCGAUCAAGGACGUGUGGCACAAUGGUACUGGCCGCCAAGUAUCGGUUGUCUCUUCCGGACCAAUGACGAACAUUGCCCUAUUUAUUAGCGUCUAUCCAGACCUUCUAGAAGCAGUGGAGCAAUUUGUAUUCAUGGGCGGAGGAGUUGGCCUCGGAAAUAGAUCCGCCGUCGCAGAGUUUAAUAUUAUGUGCGAUCCUGAGGCGGCUCAGAUUGUCUUAGACGCUCCAGUCAAGACUGUCAUGAUACCCAUCAAUGUUACACACACGGCGAUUGUCACUCCAGUCAUCCAUUCCCGCCUGAGAUCACCCCAUCUACCUCUCCUGGAAUGGCGCACACUUUCUUCCCUCAUCAGUUUCUUCGCAGGAACGUACAAGUCAACAUUUGGUUUCGAUCAAGGUCCACCUCUCCAUGAUGCACUAACCAUUGCAUAUGUGUCCCACCCUGAGCUCUUUCAAGUCCAACGUUAUAGAGUGGAUGUGGAGUUGCACGGUAAGCACACGGCAGGAGAGACGGUCAUUGACAUCUGGAAUUAUCGAAUAUGUGAUGACUCAUGGGGCUCCACCGGGAAGAAUUGCCUGGUUGUUCAGGGAGGUUCAGGUGUUGCACAGUUUUUUGAAUUGCUUUUAGAUUGCGUCUCCCGAUGUGAUGGAGUAUCUCCGCUCAAUGUACACAGAAUAUGA